UGAAGAAAAGUGAAGGCAUGUUUUCACAUGUCUGGCGGUUUUUCUGCACAUACUUUCUGAAUGUUUUCGUUUUGUGUGUAGCCGGCCGGUGUGUCCGUCCUCGUUCUCGCAGUUCUCGUUGCCCUAGCGGCAAAGGUCGUUACUCGUCACUCUCCUCGUCCUGUCGUACGUGAGGUCGGCGUUGUUGAUAAUGGCAAACGCAAACCCUUACAGUUCUCAGGUGAAGAAACUUCUAGUUGAUGGCCAAGAAUACAGAUACUUCAGCUUGCCUGACCUUGGGGAUGCCAGAUACGAGAAACUUCCGUACUCUGUCCGUAUUCUGCUGGAGUCUGCUGUUCGCAACUGUGACAACUUCCAGGUGAAAGAGCAUGAUGUGGAGAACAUCCUGUCCUGGCAGGCCCAGCAGGGUCCCGUCGAGAUCGCCUUCAAGCCUGCCCGUGUCCUUCUUCAAGAUUUCACGGGUGUACCAGCCGUGGUUGACUUUGCGGCCAUGCGCGACGCUGUGCAGCGCCUGGGCGGCGACCCGCGGAAGAUCAAUCCCCUCUGCCCCGCGGACUUGGUCAUUGAUCACUCAGUCCAGGUGGACUUCUCGCGCACCGUGUUACGAAAUUCACCCAACCCGGGAGGCGGGAACGCUUGCUCUACGUGCCAGAGCUGCAGGGGCAGGGGUGUGCGGGCAACGCCAGCAGGGAGUGCGUGCGAUGUAGCCUCGCAGCUACGCAAUUCCCCCGUGCCCCUCAGGCAGCACACGGCCCGGUUGCCCUCCCACCACCCACCUCUGCAGUCGGAACUGUGCCCCUUCCAUGGGCUCAGGGCCCUUGGGGCUGACGCACUACAAAGGAACCAAGACCUGGAAUUUGAACGAAACAAAGAAAGGUUUCUCUUCCUAAAGUGGGGCUCAAAGGCCUUGCAGAACAUGAUGAUCGUGCCUCCAGGGUCCGGUAUUGUUCACCAAGUGAACUUGGAGUUCCUGGCACGUGUGGUGUUCCACAGCGACGGACUCCUGUACCCGGACAGCUUGGUUGGAGCUGAUUCUCACACAACCAUGAUCAAUGGCUUGGGUGUUGUCGGAUGGGGUGUUGGAGGUAUUGAAGCUGAAGCCGUAAUGCUUGGCCAAGCCAUCAGCAUGGUGCUGCCUCAAGUGGUCGGCUACAGACUCAGUGGAACCCUUAGUCCUCUGGCCACUUCCACCGACUUGGUGCUCACUAUUACCAAGCACUUACGACAAGUGGGUGUAGUGGGCAAGUUUGUAGAAUUCUUCGGUCCCGGCGUAGCGCAGUUAUCUAUUGCGGAUCGUGCCACCGUCUCCAACAUGUGCCCCGAGUACGGGGCCACCGUGGGGUUCUUCCCGGUCGACAGCAAGACCCUCGACUACCUCCGCCAGACAGGUCGUGAAGACAAGGUGGUGAAGUACAUGGAGGCGUACCUGAAGGCACAGAAAAUGCUGAGGGAUUACUCUGACCCAUCUCAGGACCCUGUCUUCUCACAAGUUGUUGAGUUGGACCUAGCCACUGUGGUGCCAUCCCUAAGUGGACCCAAGCGACCACAGGACAGAGUUCCUGUGGAGAGCAUGAAGGAAGACUUCUUGCAGUGCCUCACAAACAAGGUUGGCUUCAAGGGCUUUGGCCUGAAAGCAAACCAGCUGGACUCUAGCGGUGUGCCGUUCACCUACGACGGAAAAGAAUAUCACCUGCAGCAUGGCUCUGUGGUCAUUUCUGCCAUCACCAGCUGCACAAACACCAGCAACCCCUCUGUCAUGCUUGGAGCUGGGCUGCUGGCAAAGAACGCCGUGGAACGUGGACUCACGGUGGCUCCCUAUGUAAAAACUAGUGUAUCCCCUGGAAGUGGAGUCGUUACCAACUAUCUCAAAGCAUCCGGAGUCACUCCUUACCUGGAGCAACUGGGCUUUGACAUCGUGGGUUAUGGCUGCAUGACAUGCAUUGGCAACAGUGGACCUCUACCGGAGCCUGUGGUGGAAGCCAUCGAGAAGGGAGACCUGGUUGCCGUCGGGGUGCUGUCUGGGAACCGUAAUUUUGAGGGCCGGGUGCACCCGCAAACACGUGCAAAUUAUUUGGCCUCCCCUCUUCUGGUGGUUGCAUACGCCAUCGCUGGCACCGUGGACAUCGACUUCAAGACACAACCCCUUGGAAAGGGUUCAAAGGGAGAGGAUGUCUACCUAUGGGACAUCUGGCCAACUAGGGACCAGAUCCAGGAAGUGGAGUCGAAAUUCGUCAUUCCGAGCAUGUUCCGGGAGGUGUACUCCAAGAUUGAGCAAGGCAGCAAGAACUGGCAGAGCCUGGACGCACCUGAGACAUUGCUUUAUCCGUGGGAUGGCAGCUCCACUUACAUCAAGUGUCCGCCUUUCUUUGAUCCCAUGAAACGGGAACUUCCCCCGGUGACGAGCAUCCAGGACGCCUACGUACUGGUGAACGUGGGCGACUCCGUCACGACGGACCACAUCUCCCCUGCCGGCAGCAUUGCACGCAACAGCCCCGCUGCACGUUACCUGGCUGCUCGCGGGCUCACUCCACGUGAAUUCAACUCGUACGGAGCGCGGCGUGGCAACGAUGAUGUCAUGGCCCGAGGAACUUUCGCAAACAUCAGGCUCGUGAACAAAUUCCUGCAGGAACCAGGGCCGCGUACGCUACACAUUCCUUCUGGUGAAGAAAUGGAUAUCUUCGAUGCUGCUGAACGUUACAAGCAAGACGGCGUUCCCCUGAUCGUGCUGGCGGGCAAGGAAUAUGGCUCGGGGUCGUCGAGGGACUGGGCUGCUAAGGGACCUUACCUUUUGGGUAUUCGAGCGGUGAUAGCCGAGAGCUACGAACGAAUCCACCGUAGCAACCUCAUCGGGAUGGGCAUUGUUCCCCUGCAGUACCUGCCCAACGAAACUGCCGAGACCCUGGGCCUUACCGGCAAGGAGCGUUUCAGCAUUCCACUGACGGAGAGUCUGACACCGGGACAAACCCUCACGGUUCAAGUGAAUGACGGCCGGAGCUUCAACGUCCUGCUACGUUUCGAUACAGAGGUGGAGCUGACGUAUUUCCGUAACGGAGGAAUCCUACAGUAUGUAGUGAGACAGAUGUUGCCUUGAUGGCUGGCAUGGCGAGAGGAGCAGUCAGUAAAAAUGCUCUUUGUUGUUUU